CUUCUGUCACAGCAUCUUCAGUGGAAGGAUGGCUGUGCCACGCCGAGCGGUCCUCUUACUCCUGGGAUGCCUGCUCCUCUGUUUCGCCAUGGAGACGGAUGCCAGUACGAAUGAUUCCUGCCAAUUUAAUGGCUUGACUUACCGAACAGGGCAGAUCUGGUACCCUUCCCUGAAGCCUGCAGCUGUAACACACUGCGUGAGAUGCAUCUGUUCACAGGAACUGGGAACCAAGUGCUACCAAUUUGACUGUCCACCGCUUAAGUGCCGAAAGCCCAUCAAAGUCCCUUAUCGAUGCUGCAUGGUGUGCCCAGACGUUCAGACUUCCCCGGGCCUUCAGGCGCCUGACAAUUUCUCCUGCCAAUACAACGAUACCACGUACCAGCACGGAGACAUUUUCACCAACAGCGAACUCUUCCCUUCUCGGGAAUCGAACCAGUGCUCCCAGUGCAGCUGCUCGGAGGGGCAUAUAUACUGUGGUUUAGUGACCUGCGCAGACCUGCUGUGUGCCUCGCCCGAAACCGUACCCGAUUCCUGCUGCCAAGUUUGCAGAGAUAAUUCUCAAGAGAGCUUGAUAGAAGAUACCCAGUUAACCAGAGGUGUGAGGCACUCGCUGCAGCAAUGCUCCGAGGACACUGAGGAGACAGACGCCCUGGGCCUGGUGGAUCCCCCGACAGGGGUUCCGCCGGAGCUGGUCAGGCCGAGAGGAAGAGGCGGCACGACUGUCAGAAUCAUUUUGGAAGAAAACCCCAGGAGAACGUGUUUGUACAACGGGAAGACCUACUCCCACGGGGAAGUAUGGCACCCCACGGUCCAACAGAGGGUGUCUGUGCCCUGCAUCCUGUGCACCUGCAAAGAUGGGGUCAAUGAUUGCCAGAAGGUCACCUGUCCAACAGUGUACCCUUGCGAACAACCUCAGAACGUGCAAGGGAAAUGCUGCAAAGUGUGCCCAGAGGACAAAGGGCCGAUCACGGAAGUUAUCGACAUCAGCAAGUGCAGAGUGUCCGUCUACAUGUUUGUCCCCUCCUCGUCCAGCACUCAGCACCGGAAACAGGUCUUGAGGAAGAUCGCUGUGGAGAGGGAAUCCUCCGAAGACGUGGAAAUCUACAUCUGGAAACCCAUGAGAGGCAUAUAUCAUUUGGUUCAAGUCAAGAGGGUCAAGAAACAGGACUUCAGGCAGCAAGUGCAGAACUUCCGGCUGGUCUCCAGGACAAAUGAAGCGUACUGGAACAUGUUCCUGGUGCAAGGACCAGAAGUAAAGGCGACCGAGAGUCCAGACAAAGAAACAACGAACUUGUAAAAAGAAAAGAAAAGUAUAUUGACAUUAAUAUAUAUAUCUACAUAGCUAUAUAUGGGGGAAGUCGCAUUAUUAAAUAAACUAUCACAGCAGUUGCAGGAAAAGACCAUCAGCAGUCAGCUUUAUGAAAACUCUCGCCAACCCAUCCAUGCCGAUGACAUCAGCAAUAUGGCCGCUUGACUUCACAGCUCGAAUCCGCGCCAAGGCCGCCAGCCUUCCCAAAAGCUGCCAGAGUGAACAGAUUCCUCUUCCAUCUGCUUCUUGUAAAGAGGAAGAAGACAAAAGAGACACUUCGUUUCCUUUAGGGUUGGGGGAU